AUGCCUAGCUCGGCUCUCUUAGAAGUUAAGCCCGGCCCGUUCUUCAUGUCAAGCUUGGCUCUGUUAGAAGUGAAGCCCAGCCUGUUCCUCAUGCCUAGCUUGGCCUUGUUAGAAGCCAUAAUGUAAGCACUUAUAGGUCUUAUAGGCGUAUCUUAUCAACUAUGCUAUUAUGACAAAAAAAAAUUAUAUUAUAUUUGUUCUUGAUAAACAUUCAUUUUUGACCUUAACGUUUUUUAUCACUUUAUCAACCUAUAGGUGAUUUUUAGGUUUAGGAACACCUCUUGGAUAAUUUGAACAACACGAGGCUAUUCAAGGCGAUCUUAAAGACAUUUCAGAAGUUUAAAGCAUGAGUAAGACAAGGAAUAGUAUAAGCAGAGACUCUUGGAUACUGUAGAAUCUAAUUUGUUUUUUCUUCAAAAUUUAAAAAACGAAUUUUUUUAUUUAAUUUUUAAAAUUUUUAAAAUUUUUAAACGACCCGCUACCAAAUGUAAAAAAUUUUUUAUUCAAAAUGUACUACUCUACCAUACCCUACUCUACCCUACCCUACCCUACCCUACCCUACCCUACCCUACCCUACCCUACCCUACCCUACCCUAUCUUGUACAAAUUUGCCUUCCAUGCCUUGCUCUGUUCUUCCCUAUCCUGAUUUGCCUUAUCCUACUCCUACUGAUAACCCAAACCGCAAUGACCGUCCGUGCCCCAUUAAAGCCGUCUAAUGGUUGAGUAAACUGAGAGGUCGUUUCCAACAAUUUCAGUUCAUUAAUUUUAGCACUGACCGCUCCCAUUUAUCGGCCUUAACCCAGUCGUGGUCAGCCGGAGAUCGCGAUAACAGAUUACAUAGAUCAGAGGAAAGAUCACGCGAAAGUGAGAGAGCGCAGACAAGGUUAUUGUAGCUAAUGGGGGUUAAAGCAAAUUUAUUGGAGGUAGUUAAGGGAUUGUAAAUUAAUAUAAACAAACAAUAAAAAUGUUAUAUGUUGGGCAUGGUAGUUCAUAAAAAAUGGCAUUUUUAAGCGAAAAGAUAAAAAAAUUGCAGCCUGCAAUUGGCAAGUUAUACGCUGAGAAGCAGAAAUUAAGCUCUGUAAAGAAAGUUCUUGCCAUUUUAUCUUUUGUAAAGAAAGUUCUUGCCAUUUUACGUUUUGUAAAGAAAGUUCUUGCCAUUUUAUGGUUUGUAAAGAAAGUUCUUGCCAUUGUAUGUUCUUUCAAGAAAGUUACUGUAAAAAUAAAACUCAAAGCCAUAGACUGAAGAACAAUACCCACUACAUUAAGAUAAAGUGGAAUAUAAUACUGACUCUUCUCUCAUUACGCAAGACCAACAAAUAAUGGCGCAAUAGUGUAAACUGAGGGCAGAUAAGCCAUUAGGAAAGGUCACUCCGUCAACAUUAUAUUUGCAUAAAGAAUGGGCAAGAAACACUGUUUUUGAAAAAAAGCAAGAACUUUGUUUACAAAAAAUAAAAUGGCAGGAACUUUCUUAACAAAACAAGAAAUGGCAAUAACUUUCUUUACAAGACAAAAAGUGGCAAGAACUUUUUUUACAUACUCUGAAAUGGCAAGGCCUUUUUUGCAGAACAUAAAACGGAAAAAACUUUCUUUACAAACCAAAAAAUAAAAAAGUUCAAAAUUUUUUGAAAAAUAUGUUUUUCAGUAAAAUUUUCCAAAUAAUCUUAUAAACUAAUGAAUGCAAGAGCAGAUACCUAUAGAUAAGUAUCAAAUAACUCGGUAUUGUUAAUUCAAUACGUAAUGUUAUGCCAGAACAACAGCGGAGGGAUUAAAGAAAAACAACGUUUUAAUUAAUCCAUCGUAAUGUGAGAUAGACUUGAAAAUAAACAAGGACAUUCUGAAUAAUAUACUGUAUAAAAUUUCUAUGGCUAGAGUUAGGAUUAGAGCUAGAACUAGAGCUAGAGUUGGAGCUGGAGCUGGAGCUGGAGCUAGAGCUAGAGCUAGAGCUAGAGCUAGAGCUGGAGCUAAAGCUAGAAUUAGAGCUAGAGCUAGAACUAGAGCUAGAGCUAGAGCUAGAGCUAGAGCUAGAGCUAGAUCUAAAGCUAGAGCUAGAGCUAGAGCCAAAACCAAAGUCAAAGCUAGAGCUAAAGCCAAAGCUAGAGCUAGAGCUAGAGCUAGAGCUAGAGCUAGAGCUAAAGCUAGAGCUAGAGCUAGAGCUAGAGCCAAAGCCAAAGUCAAAGCUAGAGCUAAAGCCAAAGCUAGAGUUGGAGCUAGAGCUGGAGCUAGAGCUAGGAGCUAGAGCUAGAGCUAGGGCUAGAGCUAGAGCUAGGGCUACGGUUGAGCAAUGCGAAGAUAAGACCUGUAAAAAAGGCAGGCCAACCCCAAUUUUUUAG